AUGAAUUCAACAUUGGGAAAUUGUAAUUUGUUUGAAGGAAGUUGGGUUUAUGAUGAAUCUUACCCAAUUUAUGAUUCAUUAAAUUGUCCUUUUUUAGUUGAUGGUUUCAAUUGUCUUAAGAAUGGAAGGGUUGAUGAGUUUUAUCUCAAAUAUAGAUGGCAGCCUACUACUUGCAAUCUCCCAAGGUUUGAUGGAAAAGCUUUGCUAGAAAAAAUGAAAGGUAAAAAUAUUGUGUUUGUGGGAGACUCAUUAGGCUACAAUCAAUGGGAAUCUCUUGCAUGUUUGCUUCAUGCUGCUUUUCCUUCUUCCAAAUAUGUCUAUCAAUCAAGGGAUUCUCUCAUCACUCUCAAAUUUCCAGAAUAUGAAGUGUCAGUGCAGUACUUGAGAAAUAGAUUUCUUGUAGACAUUUCCCUUGAGAAAGUUGGCAGAAUUUUGAAGCUUGAUUCCAUUACUAAAACUUCAAUUUGGGAAGGAGCUGAUGUUUUAAUCUUCAAUAGUUAUCAUUGGUGGACUCAUACUGGGUUAUUACAAGGGUGGGAUUACUUAGAAGUUGAUGGCAAGCUAUUUAAAGAUAUGGAUCGUAUGAAAGCAUAUAAUAUUGGAUUGAGUACUUGGGCUAAAUGGAUUGACACUAACAUUGAUCCUAACAAGACUAGUGUCUUCUUUCAAGGAAUUCCUGCUGUCCAUUUUUCUGGUGCAAAUUGGGGUGAGCCAAAGGAGGUAAGCUGCAAGGGGCAAACCAAACCCCUAAAAGGAUCAACUUAUCCAGGAGAGAGAUAUCCAGGAGAACUUGUCAUAAAGAAAGUGUUGAACACAAUGAAGAAACAAGUACACUUGCUUGAUAUUACAUUGUUGACUCAAUUGAGAAAAGAUGGACAUCCAUCUAUUUAUGGCCCAAGUGGUCAACUAGAUUGCAGCCAUUGGUGUGUUGCUGGAGUACCAGACACUUGGAAUUUACUAUUAUAUACAACUCUUAUUUCAUAG